GGGACGGGCACGGCGCGGCGGCGGGCGGGCGCGGGGCGCGUGUCAUGGCGGAGCUGGCGCAGGGGCAGAGCGCAGCGCCCGUGGGGAUCAAGCCCGAGGGGUUUGUCGACGCUCUGCACCGGGUCCGGCAGAUUGCUGCUAAGAUUGGAGAUAUUCCUCACCUGAAUAACUCUGCCACACUUGUGGACCCCUCAGUCUAUGGCUAUGGAGUGCAGAAACGGCCCCUGGAGGAUGGAGGUCUCCGUGUAGGUGGGCUCCAUGGAGCACAGCUGAGAGACACAGACAGAAUAGGUAACCAGUUAGGGGCCCUGGUACAUCAAAGGGCUGUCAUAACAGAAGAGUUCAAAGUGCCUGAUAAAAUGGUUGGAUUUAUCAUCGGCAGGGGAGGAGAGCAGAUCUCAAGGAUUCAGGCAGAGUCUGGCUGCAAAAUACAAAUUGCUCCAGACAGCGGCGGGAUGCCCGAGCGGCCCUGCGUGCUCACCGGGACGCCAGAGAGCAUUGACCAAGCCAAGCGGCUGCUGGGGCAGAUUGUAGAUCGCUGCCGGAACGGACCUGGCUUCCACAACGACCUGGAUGGCAACAGCACAGUGCAGGAGCUCUUGAUCCCCGCCGCCAAAGUGGGGCUGGUCAUCGGCAAAGGAGGUGAAACAAUUAAGCAGCUGCAGGAGCGAACAGGGGUGAAAAUGAUCAUGAUCCAGGAUGGUCCUUUGCCUACUGGAGCAGACAAACCUCUGCGCAUCACUGGCGAUGCCUUUAAAGUGCAGCAAGCGAGGGAAAUGGUUCUGGAGAUCAUCCGAGAGAAAGAGCAGGCAGACUUCCGAGGCGUACGCAGUGAUUUCAGUGCUAGGAUGGGAGGAGGCAGCAUAGAGGUCUCUGUGCCCAGGUUUGCUGUUGGAAUUGUGAUAGGAAGAAAUGGAGAAAUGAUCAAAAAGAUUCAGAAUGAUGCUGGAGUUAGGAUUCAAUUUAAACCAGACGAUGGGAUCAGCUCGGAGCGAGUGGCACAGGUCAUGGGGCUCCCAGAUCGGUGUCAGCACGCAGCACACAUCAUCAGUGAGCUCAUCCUCACGGCACAGGAACGAGAUGGCUUCGGGAGCUUGGCUGUGGCCCGAGGCAGAGGCCGUGGCCGUGGGGACUGGAGCGUCGGAGCCCCUGGGGGCGUGCAGGAGAUCACCUACACGGUGCCAGCUGAUAAGUGUGGCCUGGUCAUAGGCAAAGGGGGGGAGAACAUCAAGAGCAUAAACCAGCAGUCAGGAGCCCACGUGGAGCUGCAGAGGAAUCCUCCUCCCAACACAGACCCUGGGGUUCGAAUAUUCACCAUCAGAGGCAUCCCCCAGCAGAUUGAGCUUGCCAGGCACCUCAUAGAUGAGAAAGUUGGUGGUACCAGCAUGGGUGGACCUGGAGGAUUUGGUCAGAGUCCAUUCAGCCAAGCACCUGCCACACCUCAUCAAAACGGUCCCCAGGCCUUCAUGCCCCAGGGUUGGGGCAGCACCUACCAGACGUGGCAGCAGCCUGGCCAGCAAGUCCCAGGUCACGCUGCCAGCGCUGCCUCCCAGGCCAGUUCCCAGCCCGACUACACCAUGGCCUGGGCAGAGUAUUACAGACAGCAGGCUGCCUACUAUGGGCAGACCCUGGGGCAGGCUCAGGCCCACAGCCAGGAGCAGUAGAACAAGACCCUCGUGGCCAUUCCUUUGGGUUGUUUUGUUUUUAUUUUGGUUUUGUUUUCCCUUGGAAUCAUCAUGGAAGAGAAAAAGAAAAAGACAAAGACCAGCAGCAGCUUCUGUGCCAGAGGUUCCUGGCUGCGGCCCGGCGGCGGUCGGCUGAAGGCUUCCUCUGCCCCCCUCCUUUGCCGGCGAAACACUACCCCCAGGAGCGGCCCCCACCCCCCU